AUGAAAAAGCGAGCAUUUGAAUGUAUUCACCCCGCGCGUGCCCCGCCAGGUUGGAAGCUCCGACCGCCGACAUCGCCCAUCCUUCAGCCCUACCUCACACUACACUACACUCCUACACCACACCACUCCACUCCACAUACCCCCGGCUCCCGUGCCAUGUCUUCAAAAGACGCCCAUCUCUACGGCGAACGCCCGAAACAUCGUACCAAGGCCAAGGAAAUCUCUUCCACGAGCGCCCUCGCUUUUUCAUCCGCACUCUCCGGCUUGAUCAAGGCAUCAUCAUCAGGAUCAACCGCCGCAACCAAGCCCACGGGUAGCCGCGCGCGAAGCCAAAAGGACGACAUCUUCAAGACCCACAACAAAGGCGUCAAGAAGCGCGCGCUGAAAGAUGUCGAAGAAGUCGAUUUCGCUCAAAAACACCGCGGGCGCACGGCCGAUGAAAAGGCCGAGGACGAUGUCCACUACAAGCGCACCAAACGACGCAUGGAAGAAAAAGCACGCCUGUACAAUGCGCUGAAACGCGGUGAUGUCGAGGAUCUAGAUGACAGGUACGGUGUCGACUUUGACAAGAAGUGGGCGGACAAGCAGGAGAAAGGCGGCGCCGACUCUGCAGAGUCGUCGUCGUCGUCGGACUCGGAUUCCGAAGAAGAAGAGCUGGUGGAGUAUACGGAUGAAUUCGGGCGCACGCGCAAAGGGACGCGCGCAGAGGUGGCGAGGGAGGAGCGGAGGAAACGCACCCUCGCUGCUGACGAGCCCGAUCGCUUCACGGCGCGGCCGAGCAUGCCUUCGGAUAUCAUCUACGGCGACGCCAUCCAGGCCGCGGCGUUCAAUCCAGACGAGACGAUUACACAGCAGAUGGCGGAACUGGCUGCGAAGCGGGACAAGGAGCUUACGCCUCCGCCUGACACCCACUUUGACGGGCACGCGGAGAAGCGACAGCGGGGCACGGGCUUUAUGCAUUUUUCAAAGGAUGCGGAAGAGCGCAAAGAGCAAAUGGCCAACCUCGAGAAACAGAGGAUGGAGACGGAGAAGGCGAGGAGCAGGCGGAAAGAGGAGAUUGAGAAGAGGAAGGCGAUGAUUAGGGAAAAGAAGAAAGCGAUUGAUGAAAGGAGGGCGAAGGGUCAAGCAGACAAGUUUUUGAAUGACCUUGGGGAAGAGCUGUUUGGUGAGAAGGAAGAGGGCUCUGAGGACAGAGCAUGA